AUGAAAAACGGCCGUUGGUGUGAUUUAAUUGAGUUGUUCUGGAAGAGUCAACUGGGUGUGCCGGUGGAUUACUUUUCCAACACCAAUACACUGCGUCAAUUCUUCAUGGCUUGGAUUCUCUUCAACUACAUCAUGACCGCCAUUUACUUUGCAAAGGUCGAGAGCAUUUUUGUGCAUCCCUCUUACUAUCCAGAAAUGGAUCGCUUGGAUGACUUGGAGACGUUGAAUGUGCCCAUAUUCGGCGUACGAAAUAUGUUCACUGCCAUCAAGCCGGCCCUGAAGCCUCAUCAUUGGCGUGCCAUCGAACAGCGUGCUGUCUACUUGCCCCUAAAAUUCUCAUCCUUCCAAUAUGGCGUGCCAAUAAGCGAGCGCAAGCAUUCACGUGUUGCAUUUCUGCUGCGCUCCGAAACCGCUAAAGAUUUGCUGGUGAAGACGUACGAUGUUGAACGGCGUCGGCCGAGAUUCCAUGUAAUCAAAGAGCGUCUGCUCGCAAUGCCACAGACUUAUCUCUUGCCGAAGGGCUCUCCAUUUGGGUACAAAUUUCAGCAGUUUGAGAGUCGAGUUUUCGAAAGUGGCCUCUUCGACUAUUGGGCUAUGCGUGGCGUGCAGAAGGAUAGUGUGCGCUCAGCGAGUUUGGAAGAGUUUCGCAACGAUUUGCCGGACGAUCUAAAUUUCGAGGACAAUGAUGUCGAUGAUGACGGUGACGCGGAUGAUGUGGAGAAAAAGGUGGUGCUAAAUUUGAGCAUAUUGCAAGGUCCAUUCUACUUGUGGGGCUUCGUGAAAUGCAUCACAGAUGACGAAUAUUUCUACAAGUUGAAGAAUCUACAUCUAGUAGAUGAGCUACGCAUAGCAAUGUUCAAGGAGUUUUUACCCGCCGAUGCCACAGCUGGGCUACACAGGCGUGGAUGGGCUGCUCGCGAGCGUCUGUAUAUGCAGCCAGCUAUUAAUGAAUAUUACGGCGCUUGCACGCGUUUGGUUUUCGUGGCAGACCGGUUUCCCGAUAGUGCCAC